UUGGCGGAGGAAUAAUGGGCUCUUCGGUCGCCUAUUGGCUCAAUCAAAGACAACCGAAUCAAUUCACUUGUAAUGUAUUUGAGAGGGAUUUGUCGUAUAGCUCGUGUUCGACCACUCGAUCAGCCGGUGGUAUUCGACAGCAGUUUUCAAAUGAAGAGAAUAUUCUGUUAUCACUCCAUAGUUCAAAGUUUCUUCAAAAUAUUGGUCAAUAUUUAACAAUUCCUAACCAAAGUUCUCCAGAUGUUUGUCUCAAUCUUAACGGAUAUUUACUUUUGGCCACCGAUUCCGGAGCCGAACAACUCAUUGUAAACCAUAAACUUCAGACCCAAUUGGGCGCUCAGAUCGAGCUCUUGUCCCCAAACAAAGUGAAAGCUAUGUUUCCGUGGGUUAACACCACAGACAUAGCUUUGGCCGCAUAUGGUGUGGCCAAUGAGGGCUGGUUUGAUCCCUGGGCUCUACUCAUGGCGUUUAAAGCAAAAGCCCAGUCCUUAGGA